GUUGCAAUCGUCGAAAGCGACAUCUUCCAAACCAAAAGCCUCAGCAAUGCCUCUCAUUUCUAUAAUUCGUCUCUUGAUGCAUUGUGCUGUGCAGCAGAGAUCAGCAGGGCAAGUUUUUGCUGUUCUUCUUGUAUGCAGCUACAAUUUUGAGGCGACAGUGCUUGAUCAAGCAAAGCUAUGAAGCAAGAGCUCCGAGUUCCACAUGCAGCCAGAACCAGAGUUGUCUCAAGAGCGAAGGAUCCUCCAAUAACAGAUACAGAUCAUGGGACCUCUCCAGGGUUGAAGGCGAGGCCAAAAUCUACUGCCUUGGAUGCGAGCACCGCAAACUUGGCUAGAAGAAGAUCUCCUCAGUUCAACAACAAGCUCAGGCCAGCCACUAAUGGUUUAAGUGCCCCAAAAGUGGUGGAGCAGUUUGCUCGCUUGGGGAGGAGGGAAGACGCCAGUUGCAAGGGGUCUGCGGAUGGAGUCAAUGGAAAGAUCAAGGAAUUGGAGAGUAGACUUGGUGAGAGUGAGAAAUUGGUGAGGGAGUUACAGCAGGAAGUGACCGAAUUGAAGACUGAGAUAGAGAAGUUGCAGGUGAAGAAUGUUGAGUUGGAGUCACAGAACAAGAAGCUGGAGCAAGAUCUUAUUGCAGCUGAAGCAAAUAUCAAGAUGAUGGAGAAGAAUGAUCAGGUGGAAUUGGAUGGCAAAUCUAAGUUCAGAGAUCUAUUAGAGCUUGUUCAGAAAAACUCAAAGAAUUCUGCAGAAAUGGAGGAAGUUCAACAAAAUGUAGUGAUUAAGAUGCCUAUUCCAACUUUGUCACCUUCCAAAGGUUCUUCCCAUGGGCCACCUCCACUGCCGCCGCCGCCGCCUCAUUCUCUUCCUCACAGUGCUUCAGGAAGAGCCACAGUGAGCAAGGCUUCUGCUCUAGUCCAACUAUACCAUUCACUGACAAAGCAAGGUUCGGCAAGCAAUGGGGGUUCUGCCAGUCCUAUCUCUGGUUUUGCACAUAGAGGAAUUGUUGGAGAACUUCAACAUCGAUCAGCUCAUCUAUUAGCGAUCAAAGCAGAUGUGGAAACAAAAGGGCCGCUCAUCAAACAUCUUAUACAGAAGGUGCUCUGGUCAUCUUUCACCAGUAUGGAAGAUGUCCUAGCUUUUGUUGAUUGGCUUGAUGGAGAACUCUCCACCCUGGCUGAUGAGAGAGCUGUGCUGAAGCAUUUCGAUUGGCCUGAGAAGAGAGCUGAUGCAUUGCGUGAAGCUGCUGUUGAAUUCCGUGGUCUCAAACAACUUGAAGCCCAUGUUCAUUCUUUAAAGGAUGAUUCUUCCUUAUCAUGUGAGGUGGCACUAAAGAAGAUAUCAAACUUACUAGAUAAGUUCGAGCAAGGCGUUGAUAGAUUGAUCAAGUUGAGGAAUGCAAAUAUGAUGCUGUACAAGGAGUGCAAAAUUCCAACUGAUUGGAUGCUAGAUUCUGGUAUGGUUAACCAGAUGAAGCAGAGCUCUGUGAAGCUUGCGAGACUCUAUUUGAGUAGAGCGACAAUGGAGCUCAAAGUAUUUCAGCACUCCGAGCGGCAAUCUGCACAAGAGGCACUUCUUCUUCAAGGGGUGAAAUUUGCUUAUAGAACACACCAGUUUGCCGGAGUGCUCGACUCUGAGCUGAUGAUCACCAUUGAGGACUUGAAGAAAAGGGUUGAAUCACAGAGUAGAAGAUCACAAUAGAUCACAUCCAUGCUAUGACAGUCAAUGGAAGCUGAUUCUGUGAGGAGACCCAUGAAAGUUGAUAACAUGGUUUUUCUGUGGACAUAGAGAGCCGUAAAUAAGCUCGGAAUUGAAUAAAAGGAAAGAGGAAUUUUGAAAAGAUGACUUGAGAAUCUCUCGAGGCUUUUCUUACUAUAGAAUGUAUUUGUAAACCAAUACUGAAUAAAAUUCAAAUUUGCAGUAGGCAUUGUUUUUUCA